UUGAACUUGCGGGCGAGCUCCUGUUGCCCACAGCUCUGUUUCGGCUCCGCAGCUCGGAGUCAGGUGCUCGCCGGCGGGAGGGAGAGGAGACCGAACUCCUGAAUAAGGGGAGACCCGGGAACCGCAGAAUCCUUCCAGCAGUAACGAGGGGAUUUACUCUUUCAUGCGGCCGCUGGGAUCUCUGGACUAGCCUGGCCACCACGUUGUGAUUUUUUUGCAAUCCCGGCAAUACGCUACCUUUUAAGGUCAAGAUGUUGUUAAGUAUAAAAAGUAUCUUAUGGAUGUACUCUACAUUAGUUAUAACAUAUAUGCUACCUAAAGUUAAAGCAGAAAAAAAAACCCUGGUAAAGGGAUCCCUUUCUGGAACUUCAGUCUUGCCUUGCUUCUUUUCAACAACACCCACUAUAGCCUCCAGCUACGCAGCUGAGUAUCUUCGAAUCAAAUGGUCAAAGGUUGAACUGGAUAAAAGUGGAAAAGAUGCAAAAGAAACCACAGUCCUGGUGGCCCAAAAUGGCAACAUCAAAAUAGGUCAAAGCUACAAAGACAGAGUGUCUGUUCCGACCCAUUCGGAGGAGACAGGCGACGCUUCUCUGACUUUCUCUAAGCUGCGUGCAAGUGAUGCGGGGGUGUAUCGCUGUGAUGUUAUGUAUGGAGUUGAAGACACGCAAGGCAUUGUGUCAUUGGCUGUUGAGGGUGUUGUAUUUCAUUAUCGUGCAGCAACUAGCAGGUAUACUCUGAAUUUUACACAAGCUCAGCAGACUUGUGUGGACAAUGGUGCUGUCAUAGCAAGCCCAGAACAACUGAAAGCAGCCUAUGAAGAUGGAUUUGAACAAUGUGAUGCUGGCUGGGUGUCUGACCAGACUGUUAGGUAUCCAAUUAGACAUCCAAGAGUUGGCUGCUUUGGAGACAAAAUGGGAAAGAAAGGAGUGAGAACAUAUGGGCGUCGUUUUCCUAAUGAAACUUAUGAUGUGUAUUGCUAUGUGGAACGCAUGGAAGAUGACGUGGUUCAUGUCUCAGUCCCUGAGAAGCUCACCUUUGAGGAAGCAAAAGAGCUGUGUCGGAAAAGAGAUGGCGUUCUUGCUUCUGUUGGUAACAUGUAUGUUGCCUGGAGAAAUGGCUUUGACCAAUGUGACUACGGCUGGCUGGCAGAUGGCAGUGUUCGUUACCCAGCCUCGGUGGCAAGGCCCCAGUGUGGUGGAGGUUUACUUGGGGUGAGAACCCUGUAUCGCUAUGAGAACCAAACAGGCUUUCCUUACCCAGAUAGCAAGUUUGAUGCCUACUGCUAUGAACGUAAAAAAAUUGUGUCAGAGCCUACAACUGUUAAGAUGAUUACAUCUGUGAAAACUGACAGCGUGAAAUUGUCAUCUGAUAAAGUUACUCUUAAACCUCGUGUUUUUGAAACUUCGAUUACUGAAGUAUCUGCCAUCAAAACAGAGGUCCCUCCUUUGGAGGAAACAACCGUAGAGACUGAAGAAGAUAUAGAAACAACUACUGAUGUGGCUGAGGAAAAAAGGGAAAUGGAGGUCCUUAUGGAGAACAUCAAGUUAACCACCCUUCUACCUCAGACUGUCACAUACGGUGAAAUAAGCACUUACGAUACACUGGGAAGGACUGAAUAUGAUGUUUCACCUAGGUUAACAGAGAGCACAUCUGCAGCUUUGGAAUUGGAGCACACUUACUCUGAAGCAGAAUUGCCCGAGGAACAAGGUAGGUCUGAAAGCACUGAGGAUGCUUUCUUGACCUCUAUAGUUUUUCAGGAUAGCGCAUCUGUAGCUAAGAGUACCGCUGGUUCAUGGGAAGAUACUGAAACAGGAGAUACUCAGAAACAUGAUGCUGAUAAUCAGACCGAACAAAUAGAAGUAGGUCCUAUGAUGACAGCUACAGAUAGCUCGUUACCAGCUUCUCAGAGAGAGUCUCCCAGGACAGGUACUUCAGUUUCACUUAAAGAGAAUAUGUAUCUUGGUGCCCACACAACAAAAGAACCCAUAAAAAAGUCAAUGGAGGCAAAAUCUGACAAGAAAUUUACAACCGUUGUAAUCCCUAAAGCCUUGUUCACUGAUCAGUAUGAUCUCACUGCAGAGGGGGAGGGCAGAGAGAGCAUGUACACCAUUAUGCCUGAUAGAGUUUCUGGCAUGGCUACUGGUAGCAUCCCAGAAUCAGGUGUGCCUGCUGCAUCAGAGACACUCUUAGACAAACAUGUUGUAACCAGUGGAAAAUUUUCUACAGUGGAUGAAUCAAUUCCAUUUGUUAAAUUUAGUUCUGCCAUAGUGUUUGAUAAUGAGGCAUCAGCAGAAGGAAGUAGAGAGGAUCUGAGAGACGUGCAGCCUACCAUGUCAUCUGGAAUACCUAUAUCCUUUUCAGUAUUAACUGUUAAUCAAACAGGAUCUGUUGCCACCACUCUCUCAGGAAGUGCUGUUUCCCCACAAAACACUGAAGAAGGCACUGCAUCUGUUAUCUACUCAUCUCGGCAAAUGGAAGGAUCAGCCAUUGUAGAGAGGCAGGAAAACCCAAAGGAGCCAGAAACAAGAACAAUGGGUGACAAGAUCCCUCAUGCCACAACUGUUGUUCCUACUUAUGUUACAGCAGAAUCUGAGGGGCGUUCUGCAAGUCAUGAGAAAUUCACACAGACCCCUCCAGCUCCUGCCACGUGGCUGAUGACAGAUAGAGAUCAGCAGUAUAUGACAGAACAGGCCUCUCAUACUAAUAGAAUAUAUGUGCUAGAUACAGAAGGUGGUGUCUCUGGAAUGGAGCCUACAUCAUCUACAGGGCAAAUUACAGAAUACACAAACCAUCAAGGGUCUCUGAUUUCAGCAGUUACAGGUGAAACUGAGACAAGCACGGAGACAGUGGAAAUGAAAAGUGAUGAAGAAGCUGUAUCAGCUGAUUUUAAUCAGAGUGAAGACAGUACAGGUUUCUCCCACACAGGCAUCUCUUCAAAUUUGGAAAUGAUUACAAUUUCUAAAAUAUCAGUGGAUGAAAGUAGUGCAACAGUAAAGUCUUUUAGCUCCUCAAGCGUUACUGUAUUACCAACUGCUAUGCACACAGUUGUGGAAGUAACUGAACAUGAAGGAGAUGCAAAAUCAGGGUAUGUUUUGAAAACAUCCAUUCCCACCCCAGAAGCUGAACAAAGAGGGGCUACUGAGACAACAGUAGUGACACCUGCUGAAGAGGCCUCUACUGAAAUGGAGGUCUCAGAAUACACAGUGACAGAGGAAGGCCAGACAAGCAUUGCAACAUCAGGUGAGCAGGAGUUAGUAGCAACAUUUACAGACAGGAAAAGAACAUCAACAGCUGGUUUUGGAAGGACAAAGGAAUCUAUUAUAUUGACAGAUGUAACAAAGGUAGAUACUACAGUUCCACAGAAAGUACAUGAUGCUUCCCUAGUUGCAGUUACUACAGAGGGUGAGGUCACUAGAGAUAUGCCAGUUACUGAUCAGACUCCUUUUGAUGGUGUCUUUCAUACAGAAGCAACAGAAACAACUGCAAAAUAUAGUGAGGUGUUCACAGAGGAACUCUCCACGGAAGAUCAAGAUAAGGAACCAGGUACUGCUACAGAGUCUACUUUAUCUGUAACGUCUGUCCAAAUACAUGAACAAAAGACAGCACCAGGAUCUGAACCACCUCAAACACCUGUUCAGGAAAAACAGGAUGAGAGAGGUUCAGCUUACGAUGGGACAUAUACAGCAACAGAAUUAUCAGCGCCUACAGUGAAGCUCACAGAUUAUGGAAGAGUUCUGGGAUCUCACGGAACUAGCACUAGGACAUUACAUCUCACAGUGACUCCCAAAGCUGAAUCUGCUACUGAUCAAGAACAGAAGAUCACUGAGGUGAUGCCUGUAACAGUGGGUACCCUAGCUGAAACAUACCAAAGCAGAGAAGUCCCUACCAGGAAAGAAGACAGUCAUGUAGUAACCCAGGAGUCUGUGUUGCCCCCUCAUGUGGUGCCAACGGGUCAUUCUUCUGUGGAAACCAUUACACAUCUGACUUUGGGAGCUUCUCCAAACCAAAUUUUAGAAGGUUCAGGAAUAUCAGAAGAAUCUGAAGAAACCACACCAGCUAUGUUUUCAGCAAAUGAAACAGAUGAGACAACAUUUCUCAGCAAUGCAACAACACCUUCCAUUAAGGCUAUAGGCAAAAUUCAGCCCACAUCAACAUCCAAACAUUUUAUUACUCAAAAGUCACCACAUAUCAUUCCUGAGGAAGAAGAGGAGGUAACAAGCAAUGACAUCAUCAUAAUUGAUGAAUCUGUUUCUCCCAGCAAAGCCACUGCUGCUGAUGAUCUAACAGGAAAGAUGUUAGAACCAGAAAUUGAUAAAGAAUAUUUCACAGCAUCAACUGCUACUGCAGUUGUACAACCUACUGCACCAGGCAAAGUGAAGGAGGCCACAGAGGCUUUACAACCUCAAAAGGUGUCUCCUUCUACUUCGCACCCCGAUAGUGGAAAUGACAUAAGAUUGUAUGUUGUUCAAAUCACAGGCAAUGAUACAGAUCAUCCGGUGAAUGAAUUUUUGGAUCUGUUCAGUCGCCACAUGCUUCCUCAUGCAAUAGAUGAACCCCAUAUUGAUGCAGAAUCAGCUCAGACUGAACCCUGUACUUCAGACUCUGUGCAGGAUUCAUCUGAAUAUAUAAUAUUGGAUCCUUUCUUUCCAAACUUUAUAGAGUUUGAAGAAGAGGAAGACUGUGAAAACACAACUGAUGUUACAACUCCUCCAGCUUUGCAGUUCAUCAAUGGAAAGCAACAAGUUACUAGUGCACCUAAGAGCACCAAAGCUGAGGAAGCGAGAAGUGACCAAAUUGAAAGCGUUGCACAUUCCAAAAAUGUAACUUUUUCUCAAAUAAAUGAAACAAGUGCAUUUAUAAUAGCUGAAACUGAGGCUUCUGGUACUAUGCAAUCAAGCAAAGCUGGAGAAGUAAUAGGGGCAUUUGAAGUUACGAAACCAACAGCAGAUGUUGCAAUGUUAGAACCUGUUUAUAGUGGUGAGUCAGAAGUUGCCACAACAGAUAAAUCAAUAACCAUUACUUCUUCAUAUAAGUCUCUGCAGAAACAUAAAGAGACCGUAACAUGGCAUGGAGGUGAGGAGAAUUCUACUAAAGGUACAAAAAUCUCGCUUUUGAAUACUAGUGAAUCUUCUGGAGAUGGAUCCACUGAAUCUGAUUUAUCCAGUUCUGUCUUCUCAGAAAUUGUGGCAGUGUCAAGAAAGGAAGAUGAUGAAAAAAAUUCUGAUAUAACUUUAUCUCCUGAUGCAUUUACUGUGGAAAGUUCUGCUGUAACCGCUUCUCUAGAUGCAGUUUUCAAUACUGCUGUGGUUGGCACAAGUGUGAAAGACCUUAUUCCAGAGCUGGCAAGUCCUGCUGCAGGAGAUCAAUAUAAAACAACUAUUAAACUUCAUGCAAAUUCCCCUUUUGAAAAUCUUCUAGAAACCAGUAGUUACACAGGAAAACCUAAGAUGAGUGGUGCUCCUUUUGUACUUCUAGAAGGCUCUGGAGAUGUAGAAGAGGGCAUUGCUGUAACUUCAGCCAUGACAAUGGAAACAGUAGUAACAGAAACACCUUCAGUGCAAGGUACUUCUUUGGGCUCUGGCACCUUACUGUCAACAGAAAAUUCUGUGACUCUUUCAGGAAUCACCUCCGCUUUGCCAAGAGGAGUAAGCACUCCUUAUUCUGCUUUUGAUCAAAGCUCUGAAGUAACAGUUGCCACCAAUUCUCUAUCUGAAUUUAUUAUGGAGAAAGUAGUUGCCAGCUCUCUUGUAACUGAAAAGAAUAUUAGAGAUGAAAAAGAAAUAGAGAUGACUGUUUAUUCGAAUCAGGAAAAUUCAGCUACUACUGCAGAGGGAAAUUCAGAGUUGAAUGAACUUGGGAGCACUACUAGUGAAGUCAGUACUGUAAGUCAAGAGUCUACCUUGUUCAGAAGAACAGUACCAGUAACAGGUACUGUAAGUUCUGAAAUCGAAAAGGACACCACCAGUACUCUCUUGAGAGAGAAGAAGCUUUUUAUAAAUGAAGGAUCAGCAGAAGAACCUGCAGACAUAUUUUCAGGGGGUCCCACAAGAAAAGUGGUAAGUACUGACUCAACAUUUAUUGAUCCAGGUUCUGGAGACAUAGAUGUUACUGUUGAGGCUGCUACUUUGACUUCAAUUCCACUAAAGCCCAUCACUGAAACACAAAAAGAAAAGCAUGAAGGAAAAUUUAGCAUAGAUGAUGUUUCACUGAAGAGUACAGCGGCAGAAUACGAAGAACACACAAGAACGGAUGAAUCAGCAAUAUUAGUUUCAAACACUGGGUCAGACGGCUUGUCAAAGGAAUCUGGAUUAACAAGUCAGAUGUCCCAGGAUGUGUUUAGUACAGGAAAUCUGAGAGAACAAAACCAAGAAACAGAACCCACUUAUGUAACUCCUUCUGAUGUAAGUCCUGAUUCUAGAAAAGAGAUAAUAUCUCAUAUUGCAAUAGGAGUUACAACUGAACAUGUAGAAACAGGCCAGGUGGCAUCAUAUCCAGAAUCACUGGUUAAUAACAGUCCUCGUGACAUCAUGGUGACAAACAGUAUGGAGAGUAUCAAAGUAGCUGCUGAAUCUACAAAAAGCAAAACCGCAAAAGUUAGUUCUUCAACUGUCUCAUUAGGCAAGAUUCUCCUGAUUGAGCAUGGCUCUGGAGAAGAAUUCAAAGGUGACAGCAGCACUGCAAAACUAAUGUCUAAUGGACCUAAUGAAGAAAUACAUGGAAGUAAUUUGUCAUUUGUUGAUCAGGGCUCUGGAGAAGUAGACACAUUCAUUGAAUCGCUUGCAAAAACAGAAGUUUCGCCCACUGGGAGAUCAGAAAUACCAGAGAAGUGUGACAGAAAAGUUGUCAGCAUACCACCGAUGGAUCAUGCCUUUACUACUGAACCUGGUGAGCUACUCACAAGUACUGACCAUGUAGCAACCACAAUGGGAACUGUAACUGGAAUAAGCAUGGAAGAGAAAACAAUUGAUGAACUGACUAUGAGAGCUUUUACUACAAAGAUUCCUUCAGUGGAAUAUAUACAUUCUAGACAAGACAGGCCAAGCAAAAUCUUACCAAAAGCUACAGAAUCUUCUGAAGAAACAACAACGGACACAUUCUUAAAAAACAUACAGGCUAACCAUGUUCCAACUGUCAGUCCAUAUUCAGAAGAAAAAGAAUUUGAAACGGAAUCUGUUAAAAACAUACUUCUGCCAUUUAGUGAUGACAGAGUAACUGAGCCUGUAAAGACUGAAAGGAAAUACAUAAGCUCUCCAGUUUUAGAGCAAGAGGAGGAGGUGGUACAAAAUAUUUUCCCUACGGAAGAUAUUCCCAGAUCACUCCUGACACCUAAAGAAGAAAUUAUAACAAAUAAUGAGAUCAUUGGUGAUCCAUUAUUUUCAGGACAGGGAUCGGGAGACGACUUUGCUGUUAUUCCUUCUAUUACGCCAUUGACUGCCAAAGAAAUCAUGAGUACUGCAAGUCCUCAAACUUCUCAUCCUACAAAUAUGGGACUCAAACUUUCAACUGACGAGAUACAAGACUUUGAAAGAGGAAGCACUGAAUCAACUGCUGAAGUUAAGGAAAAAGUUACAAAGGGUGUAAUUGAGCUGCUGUCAGAAACGGAAGACCAGUUCCCCAGCUCAAUGAUCACCAGCUCCCCUAUUUUAGCAGAAGAGAGUUCCAAGAGCUCUAAAGAGAUUAAAGAGGUGACGCAUUAUUUUGUCAUGACUGAAGAGCCUAACAAUAAUGAAUCUAACUAUAGGAGAGGAGAAAAUGAAUCAAAUAAGACAACACCCACUUCUAAAGAUGUUUCUCAAAAGGAAUCUUUUAUGAAUAAAGAUGGUGUAACUCCUGUUUCUGUAAUUCUGAGUGGGAUGCCUAGUCUUGAAACAGAAGAAUUGCUUGUAACAGCAGCAACAAAAAUGCCAGGCAGAGUAUUACCUGAAAGCUCUGGAGAAGGAUCUGGCUGGGCUGGUGUUUUGGAUUCAUCUUCUCCUGAUAUGUUUACUCAUUUGUCAAUACCCCCCAUGUCAAAAGUAGAGCUAAAUGCUUCAUCUAGCGCACACGUGGAAGUGUAUUCUGAAGUUAUGACAACUGAGGCACCAAUAGACAGUUCACAGACUGUGAUCACAGGACUAGCAUCCCGUUUUACAGACAAAAAAGAGAUGGUGGCAAAUCCAUCUACUGCUCAACCAAAGACAGCUACAUCAGAAGAACUAACAAGUGAUAAUGGGUUAUAUGAGAAGAUUAUUCCUGUGAUUGAUGAUAAAAGAGGUGUUAUAUUGAACGUUUCUGUUUAUGGUGAUAUUACACUAAUUGAGGAACGACUUCAAAUCCCAUCUGAAGAAACAACUAUUAUAGAUGUAGAUCACUCAAAGUCAAUGGCUGAAGAUAUAAUAACUGUGCAGUCAAUGCCAAAUCCUGUUAUACAAUCAACAUAUGACAGUGAUGAUAGCGUGGCAGCUGAGGGGGAGAAAUAUGCUUCAACACCUAGAUCUUCCAUAACCAAAGACAAGACACUUGGAUCUGGUGAUAGUAGUCUGUCUUUAACUACUUCCAGUCAGCCAAGUAGUGAAUCAGUAACAGCAAGGCACAGAACAAAAUUAGCUGACAAGGAUUUCGGUUCAGGGAAUGCCAUGAAGUUUGCAACAGAAACUCUCGUCACUACUGAAGUCUCCGAAAUGGGCAUUUUCCUUCCUACAGUACCAUCACUGGUAAGUCCUUAUGUGCCUCAUGAGUCUAAACACAUUGUAACAAGCACAACAGAAGACACUUAUGAGCUGAAUACAUUAGCAAACAGCAGAGUAAUAGCAGAUCAAAGUGAAACAAUCUCCAUCUCUGGCUUUUCUGGAAUGGGCCAAGAAGAACUGGAUGAUAAGCAGCCUGUGGUUCCUUAUUUUACACCAAUUUUAACUACCGAGAGAGAAAAGGCUUUGACAACUAAUAUGCUUGAUGCAAGUAUUGUCACCACACAGCACACAUCUGAACUGACAACUGUGUCAUCUAGCAAGAGUGAAGAAAAGCAUCCUACAGUGUACACAAACACAAAAUCAGCUUCAGCAGAGUAUGAAGAAACAGAUUCAGUAAGCCUUUACUCCAUUCCUCAAACUCCUAAAUCUUCAGUAACUGUUCAGUUAGUUAAUGGAGUAUCUGAGUAUCCUGAAGUAAACAUUCCAAGUACAUCAUCGUCGAAGGAUUUGGAUCAGUUUGAUCAUUCAUCAGAAGGAAACUUCAAAGAGGUUAGUUCUGAUAUUGCAGCAACAUAUAAACCACCCACUACAGACCUUCUCGACAGAACAGAAUCUUCUCUGCUGGAGUUUUUUACCAAGCCUGUUUCAGAAAACACAGCUACUGAAAGUACUCUUCAAUUUAAUAGACUUGUAACAGACAGGACAAAGGAGACAGAAGCCUCUGUAAAUUAUUUGGCUGUUGAGGAAGAAGUUACUGUUUCUGGAGAUUCUCCAUCGAUACGUGUCUUGCCUACUGCUUUUCUGAGUUCUGAAAAAAGAGUAAGCACAGAUGUUCCAAAAGUUAGCACAAUUAAAGUUGAAGCUUCCUCAGGGAGAGUGAGCAAUCCCUAUCAGGAAGAUAACAGGAGUACUGAGAGAGAAAUCUCAUGGCUUUUUUCCACACCUGUUUCAGAUUCACACAAUGUUAUUGGGAGUGAAGCAUUUAAGCCUGAACAGGAAGCAGUUACAGUUCUAGCUUCUUCACAGCCUUUGGAGGAAAGCACAGAAACACAAUUGGCUUUGUUCGAUAUAGAGGAGAGUACAACAAUUUCUUCUAACAUUGCAACAAACAGCACUGCCCCUGGAAACAGUCUGUAUCAAAAUAAGCAGUCAACAAUAAGCUCUGAAGAACCAAAUACUAUUGAACUUGUAACUUCAUCAUUUUCCCUUCCGGACGUCACUAAUGGAUCACAUUUCCUGAUUGGCACCAGUGUGGGUUCAAUUGAAGGCACAGCAGUGCAAAUUCCAGGACAAGAUCUAUGCAAAAGCAACCCCUGCCUUAAUGGUGGCACCUGCUAUCCACGUGGUUCAUAUUACAUCUGUACGUGUUUGCCAGGCUUCAGUGGUGAGCAGUGUGAAUUAGAUAUCGAUGAAUGCCAGUCUAACCCAUGCCGGAAUGGAGCCACAUGCAUAGAUGGUCUCAAUACCUUUACCUGCCUGUGUCUGCCAAGCUAUGUAGGUGCUCUCUGUGAGCAAGACACGGAGACCUGUGAUUAUGGCUGGCACAAGUUCCAAGGGCAGUGCUACAAAUACUUUGCCCAUCGGCGUACAUGGGACACAGCUGAAAGGGAAUGUCGUCUCCAGGGAGCACACUUGACAAGCAUCUUGUCUCAUGAGGAGCAGAUCUUUGUGAACCGUAUUGGACAUGACUACCAGUGGAUCGGCCUCAAUGACAAGAUGUUUGAGCGUGAUUUCCGCUGGACCGAUGGUAGCCCGCUGCAAUAUGAGAACUGGCGACCAAACCAGCCAGACAGCUUCUUUUCUGCUGGAGAAGAUUGUGUUGUUAUAAUAUGGCAUGAGAAUGGGCAGUGGAAUGAUGUACCAUGCAAUUAUCACCUUACUUAUACCUGCAAGAAAGGAACAGUUGCUUGUGGUCAGCCUCCUGUUGUGGAAAACGCAAAAACCUUUGGCAAGAUGAAACCUCGUUAUGAGAUCAACUCCCUUAUUAGAUACCACUGCAAAGAUGGUUUCAUCCAGCGUCAUAUUCCAACCAUCCGGUGUCAAGGAAAUGGAAGAUGGGAUAUGCCUAAAAUUACUUGCAUGAAUCCAUCCACAUACCAAAGGACUUACUCUAAGAAAUACUACUAUAAACAUUCUUCAUCAGGAAAGGGAACAUCGUUAAAUUCAUCAAAACACUAUCAUCGUUGGAUUAGGACGUGGCAGGACUCAAGGCGCUGAGAGCUAAAUGGUGAAUUGGGAUUUCCACCAUUUCAGCCAAAGUCAUAACUUCCUGUGCCUUUUCUAUCACUUAUAGGAGUAUUAUCAAAUUGUUUUGAAACUAUGGACUGCGGUAGUCACAAUGCAUUUUGCAAAAAUAUGGUGUUUAUCAGAAAAUUUAAAAAGAGGAGAAGUGCUUAUGGGGAUAAAAGGAAACCAUUUCCAGCCUAUAAAGAUUAUUAGUUUUCUAUAUGCCAGCAGUGUGGACCAUUUUAUGAUAUAUACCAGCCUUCUGCAAUAUUUAAACAGCUCAAUUUUAGCACCAAUGAAAAUGUAAAUAAGAUGAUUUUAAUGUUGUUUAAUUGUAUGUUGUUUUUAAAAUCCUGUAUAUAAAAUGAAAAGUCACACUAAUUUCAGGCAUAUUUAUGGUUAGAACGGCCUCAGAGGUCUUCAGUCACUUAUGACGUUGGUUUUAUGCUGUUUACCUAGGCUGGAAAUGGUUGAAAGAGCUUCACUGACUGAAAUUUGCUAUUAUCAGGUGAAGAUAAACACACAAGUUACAUGAUUUUUUUUUUUUUUUUUUUUUUUUUAAUGGGAACUGUGCCAAUUCCCCUCCAAGGUACAGUUUGUGUCAGUGUGAUGCAAAGUUUAGACAGAGCACAAAAAAGUGGCAUGAGGCAUGAACUAGGGACUGCAAUGUGGAACUUUUCUUCUGCUCUCCGUUUCAGCUUCACCAUUCAUCAGAAAGGACUGCAUGGAGGAGUUGUGUAUGACAAGGAGGGCCUGUAAAAAUCCAAGUGCUAAUACAUUAACUUUAUCAACCAGGGCCACUUUUUUGAAAAGAAAAAAGAAAAAGAAAAUAAGGAAAAAGAUUGUUUCAUGACAUUAACCACAACGUCUAUAUUACAGGUCUCUGCAUUCUAAAAUGGAGAUAGACCUGGUGUUUGGGGGAUUUUUUUUUGUAAAAAACAAACAAAAAUCAAAAAAGUAAAUAAUGUUGUAUAUAUAACCAUUUUUUAAUCUUUUUAUAAAGUAAUGAAUGUUUGUGUAUGAAUGCUGCAGCUGUGAAGCGUACAUAAAUAAAUGAAGUAAGCCAUACUGAUUUAAUUUAUUGGAUGUUAUUUUACCCAUACAAGUAAGAUUAAAAGAGCUCGCCAGUGCAGUAUUAGCCCCUGAGCUCCACUUUUGGAACCAUCUGUCUGUUCAACUGCAAUUUCCUUGAAGAACAAAAUUCCUGCUAAACAGGAUCAUUUGUUUGCAGUUAGAUGGGUGAGAACUGUGUGACUUACAGAAGAAUCAGAAUCUUGGCUUUCUAGAAAGAAGUGUGUGCACAAAAUGAUUAUAGGUUGUAGUUGGUGCAGUGUGUACGUAGGAGUUUUCUAUUACGAUUUCUUACCCUGGUCAGCUCGGCGACUGACCUGGGUGUGUACACUAGGUGUAGAAGGCAACAUUUGAAAUGACCUCUCCACAGAAAGGACUGUUAUUUCUGCAAAGUGCCUUGCACACCUUUGGGCACAGGGCAAAAGAAAAAAAAGUGAAAAUGAAGAACAGUGAGUAUGGUAAUACUUUUAAAAAUAACAUUAUGAGUACAAACACAGAUGGGAGGUUUAUGCCUUUGUGUUAGUGUGGGGAUAUGAUUCAAAAAGUUGAAAGGGAAAAGAAAAGAAUUGAAACUCAGCCAACAUUUAGGAGUUUGUACAAGGCAGAGCUGCCCAUGGAGUGAACUUGCCUUAGCUCCUUUGGAACAGUAAUUGCAGUUCCAGACAACACCUUUUAAGAAAUUGCAGUGACUGCUUCAUUGAGGGUACCUAAUCUUUGUCCUUUCAGUGUGGCAGUGCAUCACUGUGUUGGCUGGUUCAUUCCCCACCCCUUACCCCCAAACAAUGCACAUAAUACUUUUCUCUGUUUAUAUUAUUAUCUUGUAUAGUGUAUGAUGUGAAUGUACGUUUUUUUGUGAAUGAAAGUCUAAAAUCUUUGUAACUUUUAUAUCUGCUUCUGUUUCACCAAAGAAACAAGGUUUUGCUAUACUGUGACUUGUCUUGUUAUUGCAUGUCUUCCUGUUUAAAUCUAUGCAAUGUGAUUUUUUCAUAUGAAUACAAUUAGACUGUCAGGUACACAGUUAUCAUGGGCUUAGUGAAGCGCCCACUGGAGUCAAGAGAGUCAGUAGUAGGUGCUGGAUUUGACUUUAUAUGAGCAGGUCUAGGGGAUAUUUUAAGAUAUACAUUGUAUGUUUUGAAGUUGAUUAUUGCUUGUAUAAGUCAAGGCUCUGUUCAUAAAUAUACAGUAUUCUACACAUCACUUCCUUGUACCAGAAACAUACAGAACAGAAAAUAUAUUUUAACACUUUGCAAACUUUCUCACCAUAUGUAUAAAAACCCCUGCAUAGAUUUGUUGUUUUCUUGUCUACUUGUUGGAUUUAAACAAUGUUGUGAGGCAUUCAGAUAACAUUGUGACUGUAGUUUUAAAUAGGUUAGAUACAGUGCUUAUAAUGAUUUUUUUCAUCUCCUUCUAUUACGCAUAAUAAAAUAGGGCUGAUAACAUUCCUUAUUAAAAAAACCCAAACAAACAAAACCUAAACCCUGUUACCCAUGUUUGUUUAUUUAGACAAAGAAUGUAACUUUAUUCAGCUCUCGAGUUUUUCUAAUAUUGACAUAAACCCCAAAUGCUACAAUACCAACCCUCUGCAAAAUGCACCCACUUGUAUCUCAGAUCUAGAUGUGCUGUGAAGCCAAGGCAUUACCACAAUGCCAUUACUUCUUUACAUGAAGCAUGUCUGAACUCCAGUACGCAGAAGCCUGUUGGGAUUGCAGUAGAGAAAUAGAAGUCAGAACUAGAGAUUUAAACGCAUAUUUUCUGAGUGAAUGUUCCUUACCUCUGCUUUUUAGUAUUUCAAGUUAAAACAGAGUAUUUCUUAUUCAUCCUGCAUCUGCUGCAGAGGUAGAAGAGUUACCUUUGAACUGUAUUUUACAAGUACAGGCAAGACAAAUGUCAGAGUAGUAUUCCUGUAGUCAUCUUCCCCUGUUGCAUGAGUAUUAAACUUUUUGUCUCUACUAACACACUGACUGCCAUCUAAAAGAACAAAGAAACAUCCCUAGACUCGUAGGUGGAAAGGUUAGGAGAGGACAGGGCAUUGAUAAUUAAAGACAUUAGUUUAAAGGAGUUCAGAUGUGCACUGCACAUCUUGGGUUGCUGGCAGCACAUGAAGUAUGUGGUUCAGCCAUAGCUCAGCCUGCAGAUUUGUGCACAGAGCUCAAAAUGCCGCAUGAGAGUCAUUGCAUUUUGUGUGCCCACAAAAAUCCCUGUGGAGUAGCUAUUAUAAUUCUGAACAUCUUCCUGUCCUUUCAGAUGUUGACGUUAUUUGACUUCCUGACGUGAACCUCAGUGUAUGGGGUUCAUCUCCUGCAGAGGUUAAUAUCACACAGGAUAAAACCAAGCCAGGCCAUCUAUUUCAUCAGGGCUUCUCAAACAGCAAGAGAAGAUGCUGAUUAGUAGAAAUAUUCCUGUAUUCCAGAUGCAACCUAAAAGAUGCACAACCGCUUGAAGCUAGGGAGGAAGAGACAGCUCCUUGACGUCAGGUAUCCUCAAGGGACAUUGGUUUGUAUUGGAUCUUUUGCCUGAGAGGUCACUGCAAGUAGUGACUCUUCAGAGAUGGUGGAUGGAUGAAUCAUGUAGCAGGAAAGACAAGUUCCUGGAAGUACAACAGCUGGGCCAGAAAGAUACAAACAGGCUGUCAAGGGCCUGUAAAGUAGAUUUUGCAGUCAGAAAUUGCUUUGCCAGGACAGUGGCUGGAGGAACAUUGAUUGAGGUUUAACCUAUGUGCAUGUUAAGGUCUAUGUAAUACUUGAAAUGAAGUCUUCAUUUCUGUAGGCAGCAUCUUUACCCCAAGUAUACAUAGAAGCCAGCACAUAAAAGCAGAGAUAUUCACAGGGCAAUGGGAGUCUAAAGCUGCAACAGCUGGGGCAAAAAGCUGCUGUAAAAAGCUUAGCAGUACAGCAGCCUGGGAUGACUGAUGAAGUGAAGCCUGAGGAGUAGAAACAGGACUUACCAGUGUAUGUGCUAUUAUAUAAUUUCUGAAAACCUGGAUCCUACUAAGAGCAUGACUUGUGGUUAUAAUUAAAUCCACAAGGAAGCUCUGCAACUGUAGUAACUUUGAGUUUUGUUUUGGUUUGGUUUUUUUCUCCUUGUGAACGCUGACCUUUUGCAUUUGGAAGAGCUACAUUUUUGUCUCCUAGGAAGUCCUGCUGCUGUUUUAUCUCAAAAAAAACCCCAGACAUUUUCUCCUCAGUGUAUAUAGGACUGCUGAAGGAGUAGCACUGCAAAAGUGCCUCCUAGGGCUUCUAGACAGAUCUACGAACUUCAAUGACAUUUGUAGGCAAAAGGGUAUGAAUUUAAUCUCUUGUGAAUAGAGCCAUUUCUUAGUCCAGAUCAUAGGGAAAAAGAGUGAUCAUGUUCUUCCCUGAAUUAGAAAGUUUUCAACAAGCUGUCUUGUUUCACAGAGGUAGAAUAUGGCUCAAACUGUCCACAGGCUUCACGUCUCCAGAUAGAAAAUUGCCUUUGCACUAAAAAAUGUUUAAGGUGUUGCAUACCGAAAAUGACUGGAAAAUCUCUGGGUUCAGUGCAACUGUGUCAGAUGUUACUGAUGGUGUAAUUUGUUUGCCAAACAAAGGAUCCCUUUGGAUUGUGAAAGCCUUACCUGUACCACUCCCAGUAUGGUUUCCAUGUCAGCUUCUUGGUGAGAGAGGAGGCAGCCCCCAAGGUCCACCUGACUGGCUGCAGAGAUGAUGCGAUAUCUGCAGCAUGACGUGGUUGAGAGAUGCAAGUCCUAGGCUGGACCAAAUGCCCUAUGCCUUCCAAAUGGCCAUUUCAAUGGGAACAUAUGUUCUAUUAACAAAAUCAGGAACUAUCAUGUUUCAAAUUGUGCUGAGGCCAGGCUGGUAUUUGCGGCUUGAAAAUGGCUGAUGGUACAGGGCUGAAAUGUUAGCUGUUCUCCUUUCCUUUUGGGGAAAAU